AUGAGACCAGCUUGUCGAGAUUGCAGGAGACGGAAGAUUAACUGUGAUCGCAAGAAACCAUGUCAGUCUUGCGAGUCUUCAAGGCUACUGUGCAUAUAUGAUUUAAAUGUUGGAAGUGAUCUGGCGAGAUGUAGAAAACGUGCAAGUAAUAUGAUUCUAGCCAUGCAAGAUAGAGUUUCAUCGUUAGAGAAAUGUAUUACAAAUCUUAUUCAAAAGACUAAUGCAAAAUCGCCGAGUAUUCACUUGCAAAAUGAGCUGAUGCCCAGCGAUGUCACUGAAUCUGCCUCUCCCAUUGUUCAAUUCAUAAGUAAAGGAAAUGUUCUUUCCAGCAACCAUUUUGGUCUCGUAUCUAAUGUAGAAGGGUCAAAGAAGUGUGCAGGGUCACAAGCAUUGAUGUGCCUAUUCUCAUCAAAGAGCAUUAGUUGGUUGAAGAAUAGGUGUCGGUUCUCGAAAUAUCUUUGUGCGUCUAUAGAAGCUCUUCCAAGCAUAGUGAAUACAGUUUUGAACAAUUCUAUGACAUUGUGGACAAGUUUGAAAAGGCAAAAACCAUUUGAAAUAAUUGAAUCUAACAUACCUGAAAACUUCAAGUUUGUUUUUGAAGUACUCGAGUGCCUGUACGAGUCUUCAAGCAUCUUAAGCUUUCUAUGCCCUCGAUCGGUAGUCUGGGAGUUAUUUCAGAAGUAUUUUUUUGGAGGUACGUAUUUGCAUGAUGGUGACAUAUCAAGUAGUGAUCUUUUGAUUAUGCACAUGGCUCUUAGCUUGUGUCUAUCAAGUAUUAAUAGCCACAAUAAAAACAAAGUGGGAGAUUUCGAAGUAUUGAAGGGCAAAACAUCCUCAGAUCUCAUGAAUUUAGAACUACGUUGUUUCAAGUCAUCAUUGUUUUAUUUUGAAAAGGUUUCACUUUUAUGUGAAGGUCUUUCCACCAUUCAAGGUGUUGCGAUGUUGCAGAUGUAUGUUGAUAUCCGAUUCGUUGAGAGAAUUGGGCGAUCCGUUGUAACAGCAUUCGUAUCACUUUGUCAGCAAUUAGAUUUACAUAGGUGGGAAUCUUUCCAGGGGACUUCUGAAGAGGAGAAACAAAUAAGAAGAAACUUGUGGCUAUAUUGUCAAUUUUGUGAUAUUGACCGAUGCUACAAAAUCGGAACAAAUCCUUCUAUAAAUCCUCAAUUAUGUACCACUUUAUCGGAAAGUGAUCAAUGUUUUUCAUCUGUGGCUAUAAACCCUUUGAAGAGAGAAAAAUCAUUAAUCAAGCAACAAUCUCAAUUGAUUGAGAACUGCGUUAUUCGUGGGUUUCAAUAUUACUAUUUUUUUUUCAUUCUCAUUCAUAUCAGAAUAAAGUACAAAUCCUUCGAAAAGCUAUUCAGCUUUGGAGCUAAUCAAAAUUCGCAGGACGAAACGAUUCAAAUUUUAGACGACUUAAACAAGGAGAUGGUUCAAUUAAGAAAUUUAAUGGAACCUGAAGUGAAACCAAGAUUUUAUUUUGAAAGGCAGCAUCAUAGAUCCCAAUCUUAUCAAUUUCGGUCGUUUUACGAUGAUAAUGAAAAAUCCUUAAGCGAGAAUAAUAUCAUUUUGCAUAUGAUGCAUUUUACACAUUUAAUGAUAAUAAAUAGGGUUCCAUUCGUUAACGGGAGUUUUAAAACGAAUACCCGUGCUCACGAAUUUGGUAUAGUUGCCUUGGAGAGUGCGAGAACUAUCCUUCAUAUGCUUUUGGAUAUGAAAUUUGAUGAACUUUCAUUUUUUGUCUUAAACUUUUUAGUAAUGGAUCAGUGUAUGGCUUAUCUAACUUUAUUGGCACACCAGCUAUCAUUUCCUAAUGAUGAGAAAUUAGGCUCAGAUAUUAAGCUUUUAUUCGCGGCUUCGAAACGCUUCACUGAGCUUAAAAUUCAUGCAUCGCAACCUCUAGAUUCACCGGCGACAUCUAAGUUCUAUGCAGUUGACUUAGUUGCCAGGCUAUUAUUGCAAUGCUUGGUAUGUUUUGUGGAGGAGCAUUCGGGGUACGACUACAGGAAGCAUCUAGAAGGAUUGGAUAACUUUCUAUCACAAUCCAAUAAUGAUAUUAACGAACUAAUUGAAAAAGAGGAGAGGUCCAAAUAUUUGAAAGAGUCUGAUGAAGGAUUUCAUGGAAAAUUGAAGUUGUCGCAAGAUAAAAUAGGUGCUACGACAGAGAUAUGCGAUAUUUUCAAAUCUAUAUCUCAAUCAGAUUCAACUGACUUCGUAAAGUUUCAAGCUCAUGAUUUACCGUGCUUCUUCUAUGAAGAUAAGCGAACUGGUAUAUAUUGA